AUGGGAUUAAAGCUUAUGGAUCAUUCCUAUUAUAGGAGUUUGAAAAUGGAUAAAAUGGUUUGUCCAGUACCUUGGAGUCGUCUAGUAAGUCAUAAAGAAGUUCCUUAUGAAAAUAUAGAAAUAAUAGACAGAUCUUUGUCGGAUAUGGUUGAUCAAUGCUUAAAAUAUGAACAUUGUGCUCUGGGUUAUGCAAUCAUUUUGAACGUUGUGGAAAGUAUGGGAAUUACAUACAUUUAUCGGUUUUGCGAGUUUGCAAGAGAAAUGAAUAAAAAAGGUGCUACAAUAUCAAAUCAAUUAAAACAAUUUNAUGGUGCUACAAUAUCAGAUCAGUUAAAACAAUUUAGUAAAAAUCUUGCUAAACUUAUAUCGAUUUUUAAUAGAGAUUGGAUUUCUUCCGAUUCGUAUGAAUGUAUUUUAGAUGUUUACAAAAACCACAAAUCUGAGGAAUACAAUUUUAAUGAAGAAAACGAAAAUUAUAGAAAUGAUUUAUUAGGCUGUAUGCAUUUAAUGAAAGAUAAAGUGCACUUUGUUAAUGAACCUCGUGUCGAAUCGAUGAAUAAUAUGUCUGUAAAUAAAUUACAAAUUACACAGAGAUAUGAUAAUCGCAUAAUUUCAAAGCUGAUGGAUUUGGAUAAAUAUUAUCUUUUUUUUAAAUAUAUAACUGGAGAUAUAUAUCAAAGCUCUUGCACUUUUUGCGAGGAUAAAAAAUUAAGUGGUCAGGUCGAUAAUAUUUAUUUUUAUAUUCCGUGUGAACAUGGCUGGUGCUGUGAAACGUGUUCUGAGAAAAUAAAAACGUGCCCUGUAUGUUAUGAAACGAUUACACGUACCCAAGAACUAAAUAUAAUUACACCUGCGUCAAUAAUUAAAACAGCUUAUAGGUAUUUAAUGCCAAGAUGUGUUUUUGAUCAACGAGAAGCACGUUGUAUAAGCUGUUUCAAACAAAUAAAAGAUGUGCAACCUUCAAAAAAAUACAUAAAGAUACCAUGUGGUCAUGGUUGGUACUGCAAUAAUUGCAUUUCACAAAACGGAUGUUUAGCAUGUAACGAGACGAUUAUUGAUGUAAUGUGUGUAAAUUUGUAAAUAAAUGUAAACAUAAUAUAUAUGAUUUAAAUAUGUAUAUUUGAAAUCUGUUAAAGUUUUUUUUUUUUUAGUAAUA